ACCGUUCCUCCCGGAGUAUCGAAGGAAGAUCCACUCCGAGCAACAAUAAUUUCUUGCAUGUGCGUAUCUGGAAUCUUUAUCUUAUUAAGACUGUAUGUGCACAUUCGACCAGCAUGGAGGAUUUGGUGGGACGAUGCUCUUGUGGCCAUCGCAUUUCCGAUCAUAAUCGGAUUAUGCGUUGUACAAGUUCUCAGCUACCAAUAUGGAAGCGGAACCCCCAUAUUGUUCCUUACAAAGGAGCAAAUAAUGAUAUUGCGCAUGUACCUUGUGAUCAGCACCUGGUUAUGGUUCUGGACCGUGGCACUCACCAGGAUGUCCAUCGCUUUCAUGAUACUGCGAGUGAAGAAGACAGGCCCGUGGCGCAUCGGCCUGUAUGCAGUGAUCAUAUUUCAAUUGCUAUUUGUUCUGGGUAUCUUUCUGUGGGAUGUUUCCUAUUGUCGCCCUGUGCAGACUCUUUGGGAUGCAAGCAUUACUGGCGAUGUCUGUAUGGGUUAUAAAAAGGUAUUCCGAAAGAGUCUGGUGUACUCCACCAUCCACAUCUUGAUUGACAUCGGCCUUUCCCUUGUGCCAAUAAUAUUUAUACGCACAAUCAACAGAAGUCUCUUAGAAAGG